GAACCGGCGGCGUCGCCUUGUGAACGCGCAAGAGCAGCAAUGGCCGCUUUGGAUCGGCGAAAUCCUAAUCUCGACGAAUUUAUCGGAUUAAACUGGAGUUGCUGGGCAGACAGGGGGAAUAUUUUACCAUCGGACGGUGGAAGUAAUAUUGAAGAUGGAAAGUAUGGCAUUAAACGCCCUGAGACAACGACGCUGGGAAAAGAAGAUAUGCAUAUAUUUGGCCACUGCCCGGCGCACGAUGAGUUUUAUGUGGUGGUGUGCAGCCACUGUGGCCAGGUGGUGAAGCCCCAAGCCUUCGAGAAGCACUGUGAAAGGCGACACGGUCCUGUCACAAGGAUGUGUGGUCGGUCGUCUGCUCAGGCUCCUCAGCAGCGACCUUCAGGUGUUAACCCUCGCACGGAGAGGCAGAAGGAUGCCAGGUGUUAUGAGGCUGCCGCCCCAUCCUCAGCAUCGGCCCCUACCCAACAACACAGGGCUGCUAAGCCCCGCAAGCAGGCGGUGAGUUUAUCUUCGGCCAAGUCUUCCAAGGAAAACCCUCCCGUCCCACGACACCUCUCCUCCUCCACGCCUUGCCCCAAGGUCGAUGCACGGCUCUCAGGUCCCCUGCCCCCCGGUGACUGUUCCUCCUCCACUUCUCUGCCAGAGAAGUCCUCUGUGCCGGAUUCGGCGGCUGGGCAGUCCAGUGAGUCUCACUGUCCUCUGAGAGGAAUGAGAACCUACAGUCGGAUUUACAAAAACACCAACAAAAAAGAAUGUGAGCUGAACAAACACUGCAGAGUCCUGGAUCCAGAAAGGAAGAAGCUGCUCAGCCGGGAGCUUAUCACCAAUGUUGAGUCUAAUCACCAGCAGCAGAAAGCAGUGGGAAAACCUACGACCGCUGAUCAGCUGGCAGUGGAGCAGAAAACGGCGUCCACAGGACCAGACACGGAGCAGCUGCUCGUCAAGUCAAAACACAAAGAUAAACACCUGGAACCCCUGAAGGAGAAAAUAACAAAUCAGGGUGGCAAAUACAACUUCAACGGCAACUGCCACCUUCUCAGGUCCAGAAUUCCAUCUGAGCUCUUUCCAGAGGAGGAAGGUAACACCACCGUGGGAGUGGACGUUCAGCCUCCGUACCCUUUCAACCAGAACCUCCUCUCAAGCGAGGACAGUGAAGAAGAUGAGCACGAGGAAAUCACAGACCUGCCGGCUACACCCUGGCACCCCAAACCUCUGGGGCUCUGCACUUUUGGAUGUCGCACAUUGGGCUGCAGCAUCUUCACAUUUGACCGUCGUUUGCACCACCUGCGGUUCGCCCUCAGCGCCAUGUUGGACCGCCACGUCGAUGCACACUUAUGGAAGAAAAUGCCUCGAGUAUCUCCGGGUCUCAGGUCACGCCAUGUUACACCUCCAACCGUAGGAACACCUGUCAGGACCGGGGACAAACUUUCCAAAUCCACUAGCUCUCUCUGCCUUGACUCUACCUCACUGGGACAACUGGAAACCAAAAGUAGUCAGCAGAACUCUCACGGUACCAAACGGCCUUAUUCCACUACCUCCGCGAGCCUCGUUUCUGGUAGACGGUGCACCCCUGCUGGGCGACCCGCUAAGGCUCAACGGAAGGAGGCGGAGCUUAUGCAAGAUGCGAGUGCAGCACAGAAAGCUGCCAAGCUGUUGAACAGCAGCGCGGAAAAAAAUGCCAGACACAUCAGGGACACCCCGCUCGACGAGGAGGACCAACCACACGUCGCCUCUUCUCCAGGACCAGCCAGCAGUACCUUCUCACAAGGAAAGAAGCCAUGCCCUCCUCUCCCUUUGAAGACUCCUGCGGAACAGUUAUCGGAUUUAGAGAAGUGUUCCCCUCUACCUGCACCAAACCACCGCUCUGUCCACAGCAGAGGGAGGCGUCCAGGGCUUCAGCAGAAAGUGGUGGACUACAGCAGCACGGGUCUUCCUCAGAAGCGCAAAGGCGGCGGUGACUCACUGCACCUCGGCUCCUCCAAGUACAAAAGUUUGUCCUCCUCCUCUCGCUCCGGCCUAGUUUCCUGGAAUGGAGAGAAUGUGGAGGAUGUGCUGACGUGGGGCUUGGAUAAAAGAUCAGACCCCUAAACACUCUGCGUUUGGUAAAGUCGUGGAACAGACUGCAUACCGUAGUUUUUCUAAAUGAUGUUGAUCCGUACAGUUACAAAAAAAAAAGAAGAUAAAAAUAGACUACACGUCAUCUUGAUUUGAUUUUCCUGAACAACAGUGGAUGCAUUCAUGAGUAACACUUGUUGUUUACAUGUCAUCUUUGCAGCCAUUAAAAAGGCCAGCCUUAAAAGGACCAAGAGGCCUGCUGCGUCCCACAGCAUCUGCUGCUUCUGUCUGUAUGUGUGUAUAUGUGUGUGUCCGUGGGUAUCCGUGGGUAUGUGUCUUUUUUUUUUCCUCCAUAUUUAUUUGUCUUCAUGUUUUACGCACACACGUCAGGAAUAUGUUUUUUUUUGUGUGUUAUUGCACAUUUUCUAUUUUUCUACAUGAAUAAAUGUCUCAGUUGAUUGUUUUUGUAUAAGUAUACCUCAGUCUGCUCAUUAUGCUGCUAAAGUCAAAAGACUCUUCGUGGCAGAAUAACUAAAAAAAAAUAAAAAUAAAUCUUGAACUAC